CUGGGAGAUUCCCGGGUUUGAAGGCCAUCCAUGUUACCAGAAAAUGGGGGUUGGAGGUCGAUGUAAAAUCCCAUAGUAAAGGAUGGGUUAUUUUCAAAUUUAAAACCGAGGAGGACCGUGUUCAUGUUCUGGCCGAGGGCCCAUAUGUCCUGCAUGGAAAGACCAUGUUCCUGAAGGAACUCUCCGAAGACUUCUCAACCGAUAGUGAGGAAUUUCUUAAAGUACCGAUUUGGGUUAAAUUUCCCAAAUUAUCUAUGAGAUUGUGGAAAGCAAAAGAGGUGGGGAUGAUUGCUUCAAAAGUGGGGGUUCCUAUUACUACUGAUAAAGUUACACAGGACACUGUGUAUACUCACUUUGCCCGAGUGCUCAUUGAAAUUGAUGUUACGAAACCUCCGGUGAUGCAAUUUCCUAUUGUCCCUCCUUCGGGAAAGGAAUAUAUGCAACAAAUAAUUUAUGAAACUUAUCCGGAAUAUUGCUUUCACUGUAAGAAGUAUGGCCACCAUCCCUUCUCAUGCCUUGUACUUAAUCCUCCAAAAGGGAAAGCUAAACAAGUCUCGGCCAAUGAAAAGGGAAAAGAAAUUGUGCUUGUUGAUGAGCCUCCUUUUGUGGAGGUAAAUAGGAAUAAAAAGAAAACUGCAUAUGUGAGGAAGGAAGCUCCUGCCAAAGACGUUGCCUCAACUUCUAAAACAGUUGGACCAAAGCUACAACCACAGCGCAAGGAAGCACCCCAUAUUGCUAACAAGGAACUGGACAAUGUUCCUAGCAAACUGCAAGUUAAACUCCCUGCCAUGGCUGCUGGAUCCGCGACUACUAUGGCAAUUCCACCUCCUAAUGUUGAUGUGUUUGAGUGGGAAGGGCGCCGAGUUGUAAGUGUGCAUGAAAUUGAACUUGAUGACGUGGUUAACAAGUUUGUUACCAAAGAGGAUGGUGCGCACGAAGCCUUCGUCAAAAAGCGGCACCAAAUUAAAAGCUAUAUUCCAGUGACUAGGCUUGGAAGGAACCUCCAAAGAGAGACUAACCCGGAUCUCCCUGCCAUGGAAUUCACGGACCCUUGCUUGGUCGCCCUUCCCGGAGUGAAGCGCACUAGAACAUGAAGCUGCCAACCUACUGCCUCCCGUUGCAUAUGAAGAAAACCGAGGAGACCAGUCCUUUAAUGGGGGCAAAGGCUACUUAGUUACAAACAUGUAUGAGAUGGGCAUUGACGAUGUUGUAACCAUGGUCAUUUUAAAUGAGAAAAGCAAGACUGUUGCGUAUGCUUGGGCACCAGACGAAGUUCCUGAAGGAGUGGUCACAGUCAAGCUAGGGUCAAAACUGGAACCAGUCUCCUUUGAUGAAUCUGGAGUCACUUUUACCGAGGACUUUCUCCUAAGUUGCCCAGAGGUUAAGAAAAAAGGUGAAUGGUAUGACUUUGACAAACCUACUUUUAUUUAACGUGUCUUAUCUUUCUUUGAUGCUAACCAAGACAGGAAUAAAAAGUAUCUUAAAGAAAUGAGGAGAAGAGCAAGGAAGUAAAAGAAGGACAAAGGAGGGAUAGACCCCGAAGAUGAUGCAUAUGCUUCGGACCUCUAUCUUUCUUGAGAGCUUGGUUCAUUUUCUCUCUCUAUUGAUGAUUAGAGUUGCUUCGUGGAAUGUGCAAGGUUUGAAUAAAACCUCCAAGCAUAAUACUAUUACCGAUUUUGUUAAACGUAAUAAAAUUAACUUUUGCUGUUAUUUAGAAACAAAAUUAACGUUGGUUAAAUUAAAUAAUUUUAUUUCAAACAAGUGGCCGGGUUGGCUUUUUGAAAAUAAUUUUUCUAAAAUUGAUGGUGGAAGAAUGGUGGUCAUGUGGAACCCGAAUUUAAUUAUUUGUGUUGUUCAAGAAAUUGAGGGCCAAUAUAUACAUUUUAAAUGCAUGUGCCGAACCACUCAAACUGUUUUUUGGGCGACUUUUGUGUAUACUUUGUACACCGUUUUGGAGCGUAGGGCACUUUGGGAAUAUCUCGCUACUGUUGGGGACCGUAUUACAGAACCAUGGCUACUAGCGGGUGACUUUAAUUGUGUGUGCGCCCCAAACGAAAACGGUGGGGUCUACCCCACCUACGGCGUACAUGAUGCAAGCUCUCGUUGAUUUUAAAUUGCGGCCUAACCUUGAAGAUGCCCCAUCCACGGGUGAAUUCUACACGUGGAAUAGGGGCUCUUUAUGGGCCAAGCUUGAUCGUGUCUUAUUGAAUGAUGUUUGGGGAAUUAAAGGUAUUUCUUGUAAGGCCCAUUUCCAUGAAAUGGAGGCGGAGUUUGAUCAUACGGCUACCAUAGUAUCAAUACUCCAAGAUUCCUCUUUAAGGCUGAAACCCUUUAGGUUCUUUAACAUGUGGAUUAAACAUUGUGAUUUUACUAAUAUUGUUGUGUAGACUUGGAGUGUUUUUGUUGUUGGUACAGCUCAAUACUCUUUUGUAAAAAAGCUUAAGGCACUAAAGGCACCGUUGAAGAAGCUAAAUACAUUGGAGUUUGGCCACAUCACAACAAAAGCCAAGACGGCAAAGGAAGAAUUUAAAUCGUUGAAUAAAUUGUUGCUCCAAUCUCCUCUGGAUGAGGGGCUUAAAGACCGGGUUGUGGUGGCUAGAAAAAGGGCAAUGUUUUAUGGGGAUGCCGAAACAUCCUUCUUCCAACAAAAAGCCAAAGCCAGACACAUUCUUGAGGCAGAUAGGGGAACGAGGUAUUUCCAUGCUAUCGUGAAGAGGAAUAUGGCACGGAAUGCAAUUUCAUCCAUAUCUUUGGAAGAUGGCACCCUUACCACAUCCUUAGAUCAUGUAGCGAAUGAGUUUGUAAAUUUUUUUGUUGAUUUAUUUGGUACUUGUACGGAGAACCUUGACCUUGACCCUUUGGUUUUAGGAACUGGCCCCUUGAUUGAACCAAGUGUUCAUGAUGGUCUUCUUGCUCCUGUAACAAAUAAGGAAAUUAAAGAUGCCUUGUUUGACAUUGGGGAUGACAAGGCACCGGGGCCGGAUGGGUUCUCCUCAGCCUUUUUCAAAUCCAAUUGGGAUAUUGUUGGGGAGGACAGGACAUGGUUCGAGCGGUUAGGGAGUUCUUUGUGUCGGGAAAGUUGCUAAAACAGAUCAAUCACACUAUUAUUGCGCUUAUCCCAAAGACCACCCACUCCCCGAAGGUCUCGGACUAUCAACCCAUAUCGUGCAUGAAUAUCUUAUAUAAAGUUAUU